AUGAAGCCAUAUAUUGUUGACAUAGUAGAUAAAUCAAACGUAUCAGAGUCCAUCAAAUACAAAAUUACCAACGAUGUGCCCGAUAGCUUAGAUAGUAGUAUCAGGGACACCCAAUUGAUACAACCCCACACGGAGAAGCCGGUAGUGAAAUAUUUAUUUAAGGAUGACUUGAAAGAUACCAAAUAUAAUAAUGAACACAUCGUGGAAGAGUUGAUACAACUGGAUGAAAAUAUAAAGAAGGUAAUAAUCCUCGAAGUGGAAGACAAUAAAAUAAAGGAAACUAAGCAGUAUAAUUUACAAGACGAGGAAGCUACUCAAAUUUCACACGUUGAAAUCAAUGAUACAAACUCCCAUAACAGUAAGAUUAUAAGGAUCGAGACGGUGGAAUCCAAUUUGAAAGGAUUAGAGAAAUUCACAAAUAAACUAGGACAAACGAGCAGUCUACACAUGUUAGAACUAUUCGACGAUCGCAACAAACAGCUACUAGAUAUUAUACGGUACGGUGACGAGACAAAAUAA